CCGCUCCGUCUGCGCUUCGCUGCGGCCCCGGCUCUGAGUCCAGCCUUCAGCCAUGGCGUGCCCCCUGGAUCAGGCCAUCAGCCUCCUCGUGGCUAUCUUCCACAAGUACUCCAGCAGGGAGGGCGACAAGAACACCUUGAGCAAGGGUGAGCUGAAGGAGCUGAUCCAGAAGGAGCUCACCAUUGGCGCUGAGCUGGAGGACUCGGAAAUUGCAAAGCUGUUGGAUGACCUGGACCAGAACAAGGACCAGGUGGUGAACUUCCAGGAAUAUGUCACCUUCCUUGGGGCUUUGGCUAUGAUAUACAAUGAAGUCCUCAAGGCCUGCAGUUAAGUUGGCAAAGUGGAGACACACUCUAGUGGGCUUGUCUGAGUCAAAUCCAGUGGUUGUUAAUUGUACAAUAAAUAUUCUUUUUGGUCGAAUCU